CCGAAACCACCAUUAUUAGGGAGUGUUCUCUGGCGGAAUAAACAACUUGCACGCUCCUUGCACUCGAGCCUAGAGUACUCGUCAGCAGGGCGCUAAUACCAUUUGUUAGGAGCUGUGUGUGUUGGAGUGAAGCAGACGUCAGUGAGAGAUCAACUUAAGUUGGACGUCAAGAUGACUAUGAUGCAGCGUUAUGUUGACGUCUUCCUCAGCCCCUCCACACAACACUACUUUACCAACAACACCAUGGUUGGUAUAUGGUGGCGUCAGCUCUCUUCCUACUUCUGGCAUUCACAUUUCUGGCUACCCAGUGGAAUAGAAUGGGAGGACAUCGCUCCCACUGAAGAACUGAAGUACCCUAACUUCCAGGACGUGUUGGUGUACCCUCUCUUGCUGAGUGUUGUCUUCAUCUCCCUCAACUUCCUCCUGGAACCCUUCAUCUUCGGGCCCCUGGCGCGGGCAGCAGAUAUACCAAACAAGCGGCCAUGUCCGCCUCCGCCCAGCAAAAUCUUAGAACGGCUUUAUUAUCGCCAUGGAAUGAAAUUACCCGAGAAAGCGCUGCUGGAGGCUUGCAGCAGUACAGAUAUGACGGUGCGACAAGUGGAAAGAUGGUUACGUCGCCGUUAUGUUGCUACCCAAACUUCCAAGUAUGAUAAGUUUGUAGAAUGUGGGUUUAAUGUCAUUAGCCACAUUGUUUUGACCACAUAUGGCGUUUCCAUCAUGGUCUCCAAACCAUGGUUAUGGGACAUUUCUAACUGCUGGGAGAAUUAUCCCUAUCAUUAUAUUGAUGAUGAUGUAUGGUGGUACUACACUAUUGGUCUGGCGUAUUUCUGGUCGGCUACGUUCCUUCAGAUCCUUGGGCCAGGACGCAGCGUGUUUGAUAAAAUGCAGAUGAUGCUUCACCACGUGUUUACAAUUCUUCUCAUGGUGUUCUCCUGGACGUGUAACUUCGUUAGAAUAGGCACUCUGGUAUUACUAGUUCAUGAGUGUGCAGACAUCCCUUUACUUAUUGCUAAAAUGCUUGUUUACGCUAACAGGAAAUUUCUCACGGAUGCGAUAUUUGUAAUAUUUUUGAUAAGUUGGGUAAUAACUCGAAAUUACCUCUAUCCUUUCUGGAUCAUGCGCAGUGCAUUCUUCGAUUCUCAGGGCUACACCAAAAUGCCAGCAGCUUACCUAUUAAAAAGUUUGCUGUGCGGUCUGCUGCUGUUGAAUGUGGUCUGGACAGUGUUGAUUGGUGGUGUGUUGGUCAAGAAACUACGUGCAGGCUCGAUAGAGGAUGUCAGAUCUGACGGUGAAGACUUAUCUGAGGACAACAUUAAAAAUGGUACUAAAACUGAAUAACAUUAUUACGUGCGUGUACCUGACAGCAGUUAGUCAAUGAUACACCAAGAAAACGAGGUAGGACUAAAUGAUAUUAACAAGACAUACAUAAGAUACACCUGCACAAAUGCAGAAAACGCCUUCAAUGAUCAUAAUGUUCCGCGUAAAAAUGGAGGAACAGUGCAGCAGGCCUACUGGCCAGAACUAGGCAGGUCUUCCUUAAACCCAAACCCACUUAACCUUAAGUAACAAAAGGCACAAUACCGUGACUGGCUCCUCCCUCUUACUUCCCCACUACUACUUACUUCCACCUCCGCUGCUACUGCUACUACCACUACUACUACUACUACUACUACUACUACUACUACUACUACCACCACUACCACUACCACUACCACCACCACCACCACUACCUCUUCCUGCCUAUACCCGUCCUGCUCUACUUCUGGUUAGUGUGACUUUGUAAAUGGUCCAAGUCGGACCGAAACGUCGUCGUAAGCUCCUCUCUUCUAUGUGCGGGUUAUUUGUGUACCACUUAACUUUUUCCCAAAGUUACCCAAGUAUUUGCUUCAGUACCUAGUUAUUUCUAGUUUUUGAUUCGAUAUCCUCAGUAGUGUAUAUCAACGAACAGCUUACGCACCGAUUGUAUAGGAGAGCAUAAUACCUCCGACUAUAUGCCCUAUUAGUAAUAUUAAAAACGUAACUGUAUGGGCCAGUAGGCCUGUCGCAACGUUCUUCCUUUCUUAUGUUCUUAUAAUGUUCUUGACCCAGCCUCCAAACUGGGAAAAUUGUUACUGCACUUCUCCAAGACCUGUCAUUUAGUACACUGUCAGGCUUGUUAUUUACCUUCCAGUUUUAUGAGAGAUGGACUCUCAGGGAGAUCUGUAAUACUCUACAUAUCCUGAUAUGUUUAGUUUGAUCUCACGAUCUCUUGAGUAAGAAAAUCGUUGCUGACUGUUAUGUAUUAUACUUGCCUUGGGAUGUUAUUUAUUUGACAUAGUACUUGUGUUUCAUGGUAUGGUAGUCCCACGACCAUUAGCGAUGUCUGCUCAUUUAUACAAAUUAUGACAGCUCCUAUGUCUGGGACUGGCACUUUUAAUUUAUUAUUAACUUGUAAUGUGCAUAUUACACAAAAAUCACAACUAGUCAAAAUGUGCUAAGAGUUAUGCUGAUACAGAUGUUGAAUGUUAUGUUUGUAGGCGUAUGUGUAAUUAAGGAGUGAGCGGCAUAAAACAACUUCCUAUACAAACCAUAUAUGAUUUUUAAUAUAGCGUAUUUCACUUUUCAUAACUAAGUCUAAAUUUGCUGCUAAUCUGAUAAUGUGUUGCUGCUGUGACUAGUGUAUUGACUGUUGCUGUUUGUUAUGCUACUUUUGGCGACGUGCCACUCUGGAUAUUAUUUGCACUAGUCACUAGAGUAAGUAUAACGGCAUUCGCGUUAGGAGUAAGCAUACUGUCAACGGAGAAUAAAGGACAAACUUGAAAGUAUAGGCUCCCCCCGUCACUACAUUCCGCGUCAGGUGACUGGACCUCUGUGCACAACAGUCACAAGAAGUCGCAUAUUUUAGGCCGGAGCUCACAACAGCUGCAGCUCCUGGACCUGCUAGUACGCUUUACGGGUUGUGCAGCUAACAGGUAGGGGAUUAUAUGAUCACUUCUCGCCUUCCAACCCUCCCUCUUUCAUUUGCUUGAGUUAUGCAUUUAGACACAUUUGUAAGAUCUCGUAUCCCUGCAGGGUAACACAUUGUUGGUAUUUUGCACUCCAUAAUCAAGGUCUCACUGUAGUACUGUAAACAAACUUUUAUUGUAACUAAACAAUAAAGGUCCCCUCAGUAAGACAGCAAACAAGUCUCACUGUAACUGUUAACAAGUCUUCUCUGUAACACUAAGCAAGCACUUCAUCACUUCUUAAACCUUCACUUUGUCACUGUAAAGACUUUUCACUGUAAGACAACAGUCAAAGCCUCGUUAUACGAAGUCUAAAAAGGCAACAUCCCCAACGCAGCAUUAAUUUUAGUGUACACAACAAACCGUUUUAUUUUCAACAGGGAUCGAAUAAUUUUUGAACACCGGUGUGUGUGUGUGUGUGUGUGUGUGUGUAUAUAUAUAUAUAUAUAUAUAUAUAUAUAUAUAUAUAUAUAUAUAUAUAUAUAUAUAUAUAUAUAUAUAUAUGCCUUACUAGUAAGGCUGAUGCAUGCAGGGGAUGAGAUGAAAAGCUGUAAGCCUUCUCCCUGAAAGCUAGCUGUCUUGGAUCAACGUCUAGUGCAAGCUGGGCGCCAAGGUAUUGGUCCAGUGUAGUGAGAAUGGUAAAGCACUGCGUACCUUGUUCCAAGGUUCGUAGGUUCGAGUCUCCUUCGGCCAGAGAUCAGUGUUUGUGUGUGUGUGUAUAUAUAUAUAUAUAUAUAUAUAUAUAUAUAUAUAUAUAUAUACGUACACCUCACUACUGGAGAAUGGAUCUUCUAUCAGUUAUAAACUUGUAUAUAUGAUUUUUAUAGUAAAGCAUAUAUUUUUAUUGCCAGUUUAUUUAUCCAGUAUUUCAACGUAAAAUAAUCUUACUGUUGAAUAAUAUUUUCGUUAUGAUUUUUUUAGUAUAUUGAUCUACAGAGAACAUUGUUGGAUAUUAGACAUUACACUGUCGAACAGGAAUUAUUGCCUCGUGAAACCUGAGUUACGAUAUUCGCAGGUCUACAAGUGUACUUGUGGUUUACACAAGUUAGGUUAAGAUUCGUCAGGAAAGAGGACAACUGUUUCUUAACGUGGAUCACGUACUGGUUAUAUGACCGAGUCUGUCCGCUGGCUGGCUUACUCAUCCAACCCUUGAAAAAUUUAUAUUAUUUUGUUGGUCUCAGUGCAAUAUAAUGUAUAUUAGUGCAGCAGCAGUGUAUUGUAAGAGCAGUGAAACAUUGUAUUAUUCACAGUGCAACAUAAUAAACAGUAAUCCAG